AUGCUGAACGACUCGCGCGCUGCGUUCCCAAACAGGAUACGGGCCUUAGUCGUCGACAACGAUGCAAGGUUUCUUAGAUCGGCCUGCUUGAUGCUUUCUCUCCUAAACUUCCGAGUGGCUACAUGCGAGAGCCCAGCGUCGGCGGUUAAGCUCCUCAGCGGAAGACUCAAAGACGGCGAUGUUGUCUUCAUCGACGCUUUGAGAGCCGCAACCUGUGGCUUCGACUUCCGUGGAAUCGUGGAGCGCCAUCUGUUCACCCCAGUCAUCUACUUCUUCUCUUUCGAUUACAAGGUCGCCGGCGACGUGGCUGAGGCUCUGCGACGCACUGUUUGGGCUGCUACGUACGUGAUCAAGAAGCCCCUCGACGCCGGCGACAUCUGCAGGCUGUGGAGGAUCAUCCAGUGGUCCAAGGUUUUGCUGCGGUGCGGGGAAAACACAUUGCCGUGGCUGGAAUGGCCUCGCGGCAACCAUGCGCUUCCCGACACCGUCGAAGCACUUUUGCCCAGCUCCUCUACCUUUGAAGACCAAGGGGAGGAGGACGACGGCUCCGACCUUUUCAAGGUGGUGAGGGUAGGAAGAGGCAGGAGGAGGAAGCUGGGUGAUAGCCACGACGGCGGCUCCUCCUCCGGCGACGGCGGCGGCGUUGCAGUCGGAGGCCGGCCAACAAGGAGACUGGCGGAGCAAAUGAACGUGAGAGAAGGGCAGGAGAGUGAUGAGGACGACGUGGUUCCUAGCUACCAACAGCCUGCACAGCAGAACCGACGAGGAGUCCAGGCCACGGAUGUCCAGAACCAGCGGCACGGCCGGUCUCUGUUCUUGCAGCCCGUCCCCCAGAUGCUCAACGUGCCGCGCAACAACCCCAUGAUCUCCACGGACGGUGACGGCCCGAGCAGCAGCAAUGUCGCAGCCUUCGCCAGAGCCAGCAACACCUCUGCCCCAGCACUGCUGCCACUGCCAGUGUACCCAGCACCAGCACGAGCAACAUCAUUGGCACCGCAUGCAGUGUACUCAGCACAAGCGCCGCCAGCGGCAGGACUCCCGCCUCCGGUGUAUCAGCAGCAGCAGCAGCCCGUGGCCGCGGCUAGGGCAGGAAGAGGCCGGAGGAGGAAGCUGGGAGAUAGCAACGACGGUGGCUCCUCCGGCCGCGGCCGCGGCGGCGUUGCAGCAGGAGGCCAGCCAACAGGGAGACAGGAGCAAAUGAACGUGACAGAAGGGCAGGAGAGCGAUGGCGACGACGUGGUUCCUAGCCACCAACAGCCGGCACGGCAGAACCGACGAGGAGUCCAGGCCACAGAUGUCCAGAACCAGCAGCACGGCCGCUCUCUGUUCAUGCAGCCCGUCCCCCAGAUGCUCAGCGUGCCACACAACAACCCCAUGAUCUCUGGGGACGCUGCCGGGCCGAGCAGCAGCAAUGCCACAGCCUUCGCCGGCGCCAGCAGCUACAUCUCCGCCCCAGCACUGCUGCCAGCGUACCAACCACCAGCACGAGCAAGAGCAACAUCACCGGCACCGCAUGUGGUGUACUCAUUACAAGCGCCAGCGCCUGGACUGCCUCCGGUGCAUCAGCAGCCCGUGGCCCUCUAUGACUUCGGCAACAUGGUCGCACCCCCGGCGGCGGCAGUACCAACCAUGGCCGCCACCAGUGGACACCAGCCGCCACCGCAGUUCACCCUCAACAACCUGCAGCAGCAGGAAAUGUUUGCGCUGCGGAGGCAAGGCGGCUGGAUGGGGCGUCGUCGUGAGGCCGGACCCACCAUGCUUUCCUUCCAGCAGCCUCGAGCCAUACAGGCGCCUAUGGCUGGUGGUGACACAACCUUUGGAGCUUCACCUACAGGUGCUACAGAUGCAGGAGCGUACGGGGACGCUGCCGUGGCACACCUUCAGUCCCCGAACGUCGGUGCUCAACCAGCUGAUAGCUUUGACGAUGUGCUCCGAGCCAUGAUGGAAGAGAUGAACGAGAGCGGCACGUUCCCGAGGUCCUACUAUGCCAAUUGCAGUGCUGAAGCACUCAUGGCCCCAGCUACAGACAAGUUACCCGCUAUGCAAGCAGCACUCGGCAGAGGCAACUGCAGCAACUACAACGCUGGAUCAUUCAUGGUGACGGAUGUGAAUGGCAGCAAUAGUGCAUCAUUCAUGGCGCCUCAGGAUCCUGCAGUGCCAACUGGGAAUCAGAUGGAGUUGGGAGCACCGGACAUCUAUGGAUCACUAGUGGAGUCUCCAGGGUCUAGUGCAAUGUUCAAUGGGAAUGGUGACAUGGCAGCAAUGUUUCCUUCUGACCAGUACGAUGAGAACGCCGUGUUAUCUCUGGACGCUCUUUGGAAUUUCGACGACGACGUCCCGAUGCACCCUGAAGGCCAGCAGGUUGCUGCAGCUGAUAGCACCACCGCCACCAAUACUACAGGAAUCAUGUCAAAUGGCAGGGAAGAAACUGGUGGUUUGGGACCGAACUGGAACAUGGGAGCUGCUGACGACGGUCUUGAUAUGUUGGAAGAGUACUUAGUGGACCACAACGCGUCUGAUUUCCAGCUCCCGCAAGACAAGAACAAUGGCCACCAGUAG